CAGUGCGCGAGGAGACGAGGGAGCAGGAGGAAGAGGAAGAAGAAGAAGAAGAGAAGAAACUUUCCUCUCGAACACAUCCACCGUUCGCAGUUUGUUCUCCCGCGAAACAAACGCGCAGCUUGUGGAUUUACUUGCGACUCGUGGAGGAGAAGCUUUGGUCCCUUGAUGUCAGGCUGCGUUCGUGAUUCCUGCGCUUCAGUUUCCGGAUAAACCAGCUCAGUGUUGUUUGGGGAAGAUUUUAUUUUUUCUUAAUUGUUGUUGCUCUGCAUCUGUUGGGAUUUGUUGUUGUUCCUCUGUGACAAUCAAACAAACAUUGCAGCCCCAACAACAUGGAGUCACACAGAUAACAAGGGUGAAAUCUUCGCUUGCAGAGAGAAGUCGAGCUCUGUGCUCGAGUUCGCCGGGGCCACUUCCUGAUGAUGACAGUAAACAUGGAUGACGGUCUCCAAAAUGGACCCGGACAGCACAGGAACACACAAGAUGAUGAAGAGGCGUUAAACUCCAUCAUGAAGGACCUGGCAGCCCUGGGCCGCUGCUACACCCAGCAUCACAAGCCUAAGAGCAGAACCUUGCUCUACAAACAGGAUUUAAGAGUCAAGCUGGAGCAUGAGAGAGAAAAACGCAUCAUCCCGUUCCAGAGGCCGCUGAAGAUCAAGGAGCUGCUGCAGAAAGUGACCGAGGCCUUUGGGCAGCAGAUGGACAUGUUCUUUAUGGAAAAAGAGUUGCUGCUGCCCCUGAAGACCCAGGAAGACCUGGACCAGGCGGUGCUGACGUUGAGCUGCAGCUCAGGGAUCAACGGGCUGCUCAGGAUACUGCUCAAGACUCCCAAGAACAACCAUUACCUGCAGGUGAACAGCAGGGACAACCAGAGCGAGCUGAGAUCAUCACGGUCGCUGGGAGAUUUGAAGGGCUCCCUGCUCAAGGGGUCGGAGAGGGUGCGCAAACACUCGACGGGCUCCCUCCACACAGGUCGGACGUCCCCGCCGCCGGGCAGCGUCCCAGAGGAGCAGCAGCAGAUCGCCCGCCAGGGCUCUUACACCAGCAUCCACAGUGAAGGGGAGUUCAUCCCAGAGACCCUGGACCGGAAUAUGCUGGAUCCCUUUGGGAGCGCAGACAAUUCACUGUCAAACAGCUGUCAAUCAAUAGACGAGGCACUGGACAGCCCUCCGUUCUCACAGAACAACCGUGACAAUAAUUACCUAAACCUCAACUACGAAUACAAAGGUCGCCAUGGGAAAGGGGGGACUUUCCCUCGCCAGUUCCAGUUGCCAAAUCGCAGCAAGGAUUACGGAGACCGUCGCAGGACACUUCCCCGGAGCUUCAUGCCACAGGAGAACCUUUUCCAGCUGGUUCCCUCCAGUCGCACACGCAGUUAUAACGGAGACAGUACGCUGCAGUACAGCGACCUGCGCUCGCUGGGCCGCCCCUCUGACAAGGGCUGCCAGAUCGGUACGGCCUCAAAGUCACCACGGGCGCCAGUCAACUGGCGACAAGGAAAGCUGCUGGGCCGCGGGGCGUUCGGGGAGGUCUACCUCUGCUACGACGCCGACGCAGGACACGAGCUCGCCGCCAAGCAGGUGCCGUUUGAUCCGGACUGUCGGGAAACCAGCAAGGAGGUGAAUGCUCUGGAGUGUGAGAUUCAGUUGCUGAAGAAUCUGCACCAUGAGAGGAUUGUUCAGUACUAUGGUUGUCUUCGGGACCUGGAGCAGAGAAAACUCACCAUAUUUGUCGAGUUUAUGCCCGGGGGCUCAAUAAAGGACCAACUUAAAGCCUAUGGGGCACUGACGGAGAAGGUGACGAGGAGAUACACCCGACAGAUCCUCCAAGGAGUCUCCUACCUGCACAGCAACAUGAUUGUACACAGAGACAUUAAAGGUGCUAACAUCCUGAGAGACUCCACGGGGAACGUGAAGCUGGGAGACUUUGGAGCCAGCAAACGCAUCCAGACCAUCUGCAUGUCUGGUACAGGGAUCAAGUCCGUCACUGGCACCCCCUACUGGAUGAGCCCGGAAGUCAUCAACGGGGAGGGGUACGGCCGGAAAGCUGAUGUAUGGAGUGUUGCCUGCACGGUCGUGGAAAUGCUGACCCAGAAACCUCCUUGGGCUGAAUAUGAGGCCAUGGCAGCCAUUUUUAAGAUCGCCACCCAGCCUACAAAGCCCGUGCUUCCUGACAGCGUGUCGGACGCUUGCAGGGACUACCUGCGGCAGGUGUUUGUGGAGGAGAAGUGGCGGCCCACUGCGGAUGUCCUCCUCAGCCACCCGUUCGUCCAGGGCUGCUUCUGAGGCCUGCAGACCCCCAUCCCCUCCCCGGCCUGCGAGGCCUCCGCGGCCCUGAUGCCUCCCCUCCUCUCCGGCCCGGCCCGCCCCGUCCCCAGGGCGCCCCCUCCCACCCUGUCACCGGGCUCCAGGGCUCAGCACCACUCCAACCUCCUGCCCUGUGGUCCAUCACCAGUGUCUGCCUUGUCGGGACCCCUGCAUUUUUCACCAACUAGCUCAACCCCGGAUUAUUCAGCGAGAGGCCAGGUUGACUGCUGUCAGACCUCCAGAGUCCUCCGAGGCAUCGCAGCGAGGUCCCUCAGGACGGGACUGACAAGAAAGCACUUAGCAGUCUCACGAGCUGCAGAGACUGCUGUCCUUUAUCAAGAGCAGGAAAAGGGACCUGAGUUAGAGAGAGAAGCGAUGUCUCACACUUUCUGGGUCUUCACACUCUACUGCUGCAGAACAGUGUCCAGGAUCGGCCAGGAACUACGUAACCGUGACUUACUGGUGACACUGGUCACAUCUGAUAGUACUGUAAGUUACUCACCAGUCUUAAGUUAGCUGUGAGGGAAACCAGGAUGGUAAAAAUAUUUUUAUAUGACACAUACAAAGUCAUCCUAGCAGAAGAGUUUUCUAUUCUAUGAGGGUGGUCGCCUAAAAACAAAGAAUAUAAACAUAUUCUCGUCAACGCCUUACAAUAAGAGUUUGUAAGUAAGAAUGUCUUUUUUUAACAUCUUAGAGGUUCACAUCGCCCUAUUUUCAUAGCACUCACGGCCCCACGCAGAAGGACAGUCCACGUUGCACUUUUGAUAUCAUGCAUUGAGACGUUUCCCCAAAUGGAAGAUAAUCAACCGAGGAGAUAUUUUUCUAUUUCAUGCAUUUUCAUAUGACUUAAUAAAAAGAAAGUUGUGUAGUUUGUUCUGAUGAAGAGAAGAAAGAACCAAACUUUUGCUUAAUGUGCAAAUGUGUGCUAAGCAAUACCAACACUCUGUGACAUCCAUUCCGGCGUCCCAUGCAGCGAGCCUUGUUCCAUUCAGACGUGGCCAAAGAAAUGUUGCAGAGACGGAAGCUUUUCCGUGAGUUUGUGUGCAGUGUUAGUCACGACGGAUCCCUCUGUCACCUCAGAGCCCGAUAGCCUUUUCUACGUUAUGGCAGCUUUGUGCAAAGUAGACUGCACAGACCAAAAUCUGACACAUCGACAUCGCAUUGUGUUUCUACAAAGAAGAAAGAUCAUGAAUUCAGCAUGAAGGAAGGUUCUCAUAUACAGUUUUCUUUUUCUUUCUGUAUUGUCGUAGUGUCGAUAUGAAUCCAGUCACCUCCAUGCCUUUACUUUGCUCGUCAUGUUAUCUGAAUGAGUCGGUUAAUGAGUUUAGACCUGGUAAUGACUUUCGCUCUGUCAGAUCCGGUCACAAGACGAAGAAGUUCUUCUGUUCACCUGUUUUAUUCAAAUGUGUCCUGCAUGUGCCUCUUGUGAUCAGACUCUCUAUAUGCAAAUAAUCCCCUACUCCCUUUCUGUUCGUGAAGACCAAAUUAUGUUGUUUUUACCCAGUUUGAGUUCACAGACAUGUCUAACCGACAAUGUCUGUGUGUUUGUGUCUGUGCUGGUGUGAGCGAGAGCAGAGAGAGAAAGCGGAGUCGGGAGGGGCUGAAUGAAAUAAAGAGUUGCGCACAGAUCUAUUAUGAAGAAAAAAUAGUUAACUUUUCUAAAACAGUAUUGGUCAUUACGUGGUGGUCAGUGUUAAAUCGUAUGGAGACGGAGAAGUGUUGGAUUACCUUCACCAAAGAGGUUAUGUUCUCAUCAGCAUUUGUUUUGUUAUUUGGCAGCAUUACACAAAAAACGACCAAAAAACCCGGUGGAUAAAGAUGGUAUUGAUCACAAACCUUUAAAUAUUGUGGUAGAACCAAGUUUUUUUGGCACUUCGUAUGACAAUGCAAAAUUAUAUAUUUUUUUAGGGUUAGGGUUAGGGUCACCAAUUUCCCAGGAAAAUAAGGAAAAAAAAAGACAUUGGGGCGACUGAUUUCUACUAGUGUGUGAAAGUUGGUGCAGCUUUAUUGAAUUUGAGGGUACUGUUGGGCCAUGAGGAAGGCAUGUGAUCUCAUGAGGGCUAUUCUAGUUCAUCGGGAAACUGUGACGGGUCGGAGGACGUCAGCAGAGUAGGCAUCCGGGACCAGGACACAUUUGUGUUCACGCAGCAAAAAGACCACAUGGAUCCCAGAACACCCGUGUGUGUGGACAGAGUGAUCGGCUGUCAGGCCUCAGUGAGGAUGGAUCAGGAUGGACGUUAAUACCAGGUCUGAACGGUGUCUUGCCAUCUGAGAUGACGCAUAAUGUAAGUGGAGAUGGAAAGACAAGAUCUAAAUGCUGUAUUCUUUAAAGUGGAGAUGAGAUGAAACUACCUGGGGGAGGGGGAGCUGAUGUUGGAAUUUAGUGACUUGCUGUGAUAACAGUGGCACUUAAAAAAAGAAUGAUCAAACCUUUUUUUUUUUUUUUUCUUAGCCUUUGCCAGUGCCUUAUCUGAAUCUGCUUGUAAACACAAAUGUUCACUGCCAAAGCGGGAAGCUUCUUAAUAAGACGAGCAGUCGUUCAGUAGAGAGAGCACACACAAGACUUUUAUAUGGAGAAAAAAAAAAAAAAAAAAGAUUAUACCUGUAAAUACAUAUUGUUCCGCACUUUUGUAUGAAAUUUUCUUUUACAUUAUAUACAAAUCUAUUUGAUGAAAUAGCUACGUUAUACAGUAGACUGUACUGUGAUUUAGACAGGAGGAUGUAUGGUUGUCUCUUUGAGAGCUGGUCGGCAGUAGGACGAGGCUGGGAGGCUUUCGAUUGGGACAGUCUGUUUUGUCUUAAUGACGAAGCCUUAAAACAUGAAAUGUAUCAUGUCAGUGAUCUUUUGUACAUUUAACUUAAUAAAUCAAAGGUCUAAGACUA